AUGGGCUGUGGACCGUCGAGUCCUUCUGUUGCCUCCAAUGACCAAGCAGGAACGGCUGAUACCUCAGGAACUAACGAUUCACCGACCGAGAUGCAAACUAAAUCUGGCAGAUCAGCAUAUAGGGCUUCUAUAGUUUCUCUUCAAAUUCCGAAAGAUUACACCGAUGAUAUGAGCUCAGAUGGCAUGAGUGAUCGUUCUAUGGAAGGUGAAACUCAAGAAAACAGUGAAUACUUGUGCGGAACUGAUGUUGCUCUUCAAUGGCUUCUACAACGCAUCUCCGACAAACUAGGUAGAGAAAUAGAGGAGGAACCUCAGUGGAUAACGGAACGUUUAAAUAGACCAAGCUGGGACGAAGAUUAUGCUUCUUCAUCCGUUAUUCGUGUAACAUUUGGUUGGGAAGAUGAAGAACUACCCAAGAGUGUAUGCUUGAAACUUCCUGUAUCCAAAGAAAAACGAGAAGAUGACGAAGGCAAAUUCCAUUAUAUAAUGUUUAAACGAGAAUGCAAUGUCUAUGAAUGGACACAAAAAUAUCCCAAAAUAGCUGCUCCAAAAAUAUUUCAUAUCAAACGUCACAGCAAAGAAACUGGAGGAAGUGGUUGCGUAGUAAUGGAGGAUAUGGGUGAACGUGGUCAGCAACAAGAUGCUUUUAAAGGUUGCUCAGUUGAACUCGUGCGAGAUCUAUUGAAACAUCUGGCUCAACUUCAUGCCUUAUCCAUGAAGCAGACUUCCUGGAACACUAUGAUUGCUGAUCUAGCUCCUUCAUACUAUACAUACAUCAUUGGCAACUAUGAUAAGACAAUGGAUUUCUUUGAACGUCAUGAUGUUGAUCAUUCAAGAUUUGUGCAUAUUUCAAAAUUUUUCACAAUGGAAUAUCUUCAUAGUACAGCAACAGAAUCUGCCGAAGAACUACAAGUUCCCCGAGCAUUAGUUCAAGGCGAGCCUUAUGCCAAUAAUGUUUUUUCCUAUUUGGAAGGGAGUGAAGAGAAAGUUUCAGGAAUCAUAGACUGGACAGAAUGUCAUUCAGGAUGUUUUGCUGAAGAUAUAGCAAAAGCCAUAUGUUGGAAUUUAUCUUUAAAAGAUAGAAUAGAGUGUACAAGUUCUCUACUGGAUAGCUAUCAUCAUUAUUUCACUGAGUUUCACACUGGAGAGCAUCCGCUAACGGUGGAUUUAAUUCGUAAAGCAUAUGAGAGGUUUUUACCUUUUGCUAUGGUAACUUUGGUAGGAAAAGUAAUGCAAGUUAGAAAUCGUGAUGAUGUGGAGAACCUAGUGGAAAGAGCGAAAGGAUUAAUACAGAACGUUUACACGACAGCACGUCUCAUGCAAGAUGGUUGA